AUGUCUCCAUUAAAAAAUAAAUAUUUAACAAAAAUAUUUAUUUAUUUAAAUUAUUUAUUUAUUCAAUUAAUUAAUGGACAACAACAAUCACAACCAUUUCAAUCAGAAGAGUGUAAAAAGGCUGCAACUAAUUGUGAAAAUUCGACAGAUUGUGUACACAGAUUGGCUGUAUUGCAAUCUGCUUGUGUAACAAACACUUGCCAGCCCCAAUGCCGGGAAGCAGCUUUAAAUCUCUAUCAAAACCGUGAAGGAAGAAAUUUAUUAAGAACGGAUGCUAGUUGUGUUCCAGGCAGAUAUGAACUAGAAAAGUGUGGAUUUCUGCCAAAUAAAUUGCCAAAACAUUGUUUAUUGGCUAAAUUGAUUUGUGAAAUUGAUUUACAAUGCAACUCAAAAUGGGAAGUAUUUAUUUCUGAAUGUGAAGCAAACAAAAAUAACAACGAUAUACAAAAUUGUUCUGAUAAGUGUCGUAAAUAUUUAAAUUCAACAUUGUCAACACAACAAGGAAUAGCUUUUGGGAGCUGUACUUGUACCGACAAAGAAGAUGGGCGUUGUAUUCAAUUGCGAGAGGGAACACUACAAGCUUGUUUGAGACAGACGAGUGGAGAGGAGGAAGGUCCUCUACCUCGACCAAACAUUACUCCAACUCAACCAGAAGAAGAAGAAACUUCCUCAGAAAACGAAAUUGAAUCAAAUAAUAUUAUUUCUACUUCACAUUCACAGAGUGACGUUCCUGCAGGAACUUUAUCUACUGUUAAAUAUAAUGGAUGGAUUUUAGUUAUUCCGUCAAUGUUUUUGUCUUUAUUGACUGCUUUGAUUUUUAAUUAA